AUGGUGACGGUGCGCAGGCCGUGGCCCGCCAUGGCCACAGUGCUGCUGGCCCUGCUCUUCUGCCUGGGGACGCUGGUCGACGCCUACCCCCCCAAACCCGAGGCUCCCGGCGCACUCGCCUCGCCGGAGGAGCUGAAGCGCUACUACCUCUCUCUGCGCCACUACCUCAACCUGGUCACUCGGCAGCGGUACGGUAAACGUGACAUCUCGGAAGCUCUACUCUCCAAACUGCUCUUCCCCGAUCCCGAGGACCGACCCGUCAAGUCGCGGCCAGAAGGCGCCUACCUGUGGUGA